AUGUUCGGAGAAACAACAGUCGUAGAAGAAGGCUCAUUCCAGCCUACUAAGACUCGUAAACAGAAGCUGUUGGAUAAACGGAAGCGGCAGAUGAGAGCCGAGGGAGAAGCAGCCGCCCAAGUCGCCGAGAACACCUCGCAGAGGGAUGAUCCCCCCUCCAAGCCGGAGAAGGAGCAGCAUUCCACCGAGUCAACUGUACAUAUGUCUGAGCCAGCUGACCCUACCAUUGAUGCGACCUCAAGUCGGGAUGGUGGUACCCCUCAAGACGUCCACAGACCAUCUCACGCCGCUGCUGCUUCGGCGCCUAAGGUGGUACUACCAACUCCAUGCGUUGGUGGUGGUACGAAGUGUAGUGGUAAAGUUCAUGGUCCACCUUCUACUCCCCCUAGGGUACAUCGCAGCAAGCCUUCACUACCAGUAGGGGAGGUCUGGCCUAACGUAUGGGAUAAUGCGAGAAUUGCUCCUUCGUAUUAUCGUGUACCCAAGAAGCAGGUCUCAGCUGUAACCUCUAAGGAGGUCGAGACGCCUACUACUGCUCGCGAUGUUGACGACGAGGAGAAGGUAGUGUCCGACGACAGCCCGAAGGCUAACAAAGAGGAGGAUGUCGUCCCGGAGGAGGUCGAGACUGCAGCUGCCACCCGUAGCCCGUCCCUUCAGCCUUCAUAUGUUGAUGUUCCCCUAGAGGAGACCAAAGUACCUCUACCUGCUGCUGUGGAGAUGUCUAUGCCACCUACGAUGCCUCCCCCACUGCCCCCUACUACUGCUCCUGGUCGUGUCCCGACGGUCCAAGCUGGUACUAGUCCGAUCAAUGAUAGCGAGUGGAGGGAGACUAUUCUGGUCAAUACCAGUGCGCAAACCGAUACUCCUAUUAUCAAGCAGAGAACGAUCGAGACACAGACAGAGCAAGUCCUAACCAUGGAGUCCAGCACGGACACGUCCCCUACUCCAUUUAUCCCUCCACCUCAGCUCAGUGCAUCGUCCUCUAUCAACCCAUUCGGCUCGGGGCCUCUUUCAAUGGAGGGUUUGUCGUCACUCUUGCCUGACUUCUCUUCCAUCGCCGGCCCUCCUGGUCUCUCUGGACGUGCUGAUGCUACUACUGCUUCUGCUGCUUCAUUUCCUUCAAGUAUGGCCACUCAGGGGAAUGCUUCUUUGAAGACACCUACAAGUGCUACUGCUACCAGUGGAGGUGUGGGUUAUUAUGACCCUAUGAGGGUUUAUAGUACUAUGAUGUCGCUACAGCAACAGCAGAUACAGCAGCCUACGGUUCCCCUUGUUACUCCACAUCAGCUACAGCCAGGUAAUCCGGCAGCAGCGUUCUGGGCAGCUGCCAACACUCCAUCCGCUACUCCCCCUUCUUCUAGUACCCUUAUCGGAGGGCCACCUUCGGGAAGUAACGUUACUCGUCAUGAUCAACAACAACAACAUCAGGUGGUAUUUGGCGAUGUCGGAAUGUCAUCACAAGUGCAGAAGCAGCAGCAGUCCUCCAACAGUACUUCAACGACUUUAGCCUCUACUCACGCCUAUCGUGGCUCAAACCGUUAUGAUGCUUAUGGGAGUGGUAAAGUGAGUUAUCAGCAAUACCCCAAGCAAGGCCCCCCACCUCCGUCACAGCGCGACUCGACCUAUUCUCAGCAGCAGCAGUAUCAUCGUAGACAAGGUGGUCAGUAUCGUAGAGGGGCUGCUGCUACCACUGAGAGAUACUAG